AUGCGCAUAUUCUAUGAUGUGCCCAUGUCGCGAGUCAAGUUCAAUGCGAACACUGAGUACGCAUACCUGCAGAAUUUCAAGGUAUUACAGAACACGUUCGCCAAGCACCAUGUCGACAAGCCCAUCCGCGUCGAGUCGCUCGUAAAGUGCAAGAUGCAGGACAACCUCGAGUUCCUCCAAUUCGUCAAGCAGUACUGGGACCAGCAUUUCCCCGGCCACGAGUACGACCCCGUCGCCCGUCGCAAGGGCCAGGGAGGUGUUGCCACCGGAGCCACGCCUGCACCCCGCGCCGCCGCAUCCACUGCCCGGAGAGCACCAGCUGCUAGCAACACGGCUGCGCCUAGGACACGCACACCGCUUGCCUCUGGGGGAGGAGCCGCCAGCGCUGCUCUGCGCGAGGAGAACAGUGCUCUCAAGGAGACUGUCACAGGCCUCGAGCGCGAGAGGGACUUUUACUUCAGCAAGCUGCGCGACAUUGAAUUGCUGAUCCAGCAAGCAAUGGAGGCCGACCCCGAGCUCGAGAAAGAUGAGGGGCUGCUCAAGCAGAUCCAAAACAUUCUCUACUCCACCGAAGAGGGCUUCGAGAUCCCACCGGAGGCUGAGGGUGAGGGUGCGGAGGAGGAGACGUUCUAG